AUGAAAAUGCAACCUAUAUUCAUCACUGGUACUGAUACUGAUGUCGGUAAGACAUUCAUAUCAGCACUUUUGGUAAAACGUUGGGGUGCAGACUACUGGAAACCAGUACAAACUGGACUCAAUGAAGAUAUUGGAGAUACUGCUACUGUCACGCAGAUGUUACAAGCUUCAGGUGGUAUUCCAUCCAACACUAUUAUUUUUGAUCCUGCUCUGAAAUACCAAAAUCCAUUGAGCCCUUGGAGAUGUACAAUUCUGGAAAACAAGGAAGAGAUUGAUAUCACAAAGUUGAACUUACCCCCAACUACUAAUACAAUAAUAGUUGAAGGUGCAGGUGGUGUUCUUGUGCCGUUCACAAAAGACAAGUUUACAACUGAUGUUAUUCACCACUUAAACACCCCUGUUAUCCUGGUCGCUCGCUCUAAAUUGGGAACACUAAAUCACACACUUCUAAGUUUAGAGGUUAUGAAAGCUAGAGGGAACAAUGUGGUUGGUGUAAUUCUUAACGGGGAAAUUGACGAUGAUAACUUGAAAGCGUUGGAAGCAUUGGGAGCUAGAAUCAUUGCGCAAAUUCCACACACAUCUAAAAUUGAGGAUGUGCUGCAUCUGAUCCCACCGCUUGAAGAGGUUCUACAGUAG